UCAUUCUUUUAUUAAUCGUUCAUAUAUUUUCUGUUGUAAAGUAUGACAACAAAACAAUGAAAAUCAUCAAUAUGCAUUUAAAGUAGCUUUUAAUAUUUAUUUAUGAGUUUAUGUUAAAAGGCACAUUAUUUCUUACACAUUUAUAUAUUGAAGACAAUUUUAAUGUAUGACAAUAAUAUUGUAAAGUGAGUUUUAAGGAUCUUUAAGUUAUAUUGUAUUAAUAUGUAAAAAUAAUUCCAUAAUUUAUACUUUUAAUUAGUUAAUGCAAAAUAUUUUUAAUGUUCAUAAUCCUGUUCAUUUAUAUUGUUUUAGACAUAUAUGAUUGAUGUAAAGCGCCUUUGAACAUUUUAAUGAAAAGGGCGCUAUAUAAAUGUGGUAUUUAUUAUUAUUAUUAUUAUUAAUCAUCAAUGAUGUUUCAGUUUAUAACCCAUGCCAGAAUGGUGGUUAUUGUACAGACGAAACUAACGGCUAUUCUUGCGUUUGUGUUGAUGGAUAUGGCGGGAAGAAUUGUGAAAUCGAUAUAAAUGAAUGUAAGUCCAAUCCAUGUGAAAAUGACGGGACUUGCAUAGAUUAUUUGAAUGCUUACAGCUGUUCUUGCGCGGACGGCUUUAUUGGUACAAACUGUGAAAUUAAUAUAAACGAAUGCUCGUCAAACCCAUGUCAAAAUAAUGGAAUAUGUAAGGACGGAAUUAGUAUGUAUACAUGCGAGUGUUCACCAGGUUUUGAUGGUACUCACUGUGAAAAAGAUAUAGAUGAAUGCAUGGCAAAUCCAUGUAACAACGGAGGUACUUGCACAGACCUUGUAAAUGGAUAUACCUGCACAUGCUUGGCUGGAUAUUUUGGAGUCAAUUGUUCUGCUGUUGUAGACAAUUGUGAAGAGAAUCCAUGUGAAAAUGAAGGAACGUGUGAGAACAUGAUAAAUGCACGGACAUGUCAUUGUGUUGAUGGCUAUGAGGGUAGUAACUGUGAAAUAGAUAUAAAUGACUGUGAGAACAACCCUUGUCAAAAUGGCGGAAGUUGUACAGAUUUAGUAAAUGGUUAUAAAUGUACUUGCGUGAAUGGAUAUGAAGGAACCAAAUGCGAAACAGAUAUCAACGAAUGCUCCACCGAUCCAUGCAAAAAUGGUGGUACCUGUAAAGAUCUAGUUAAUGCAUAUGAAUGUGAAUGUGCUGCUGGAUACGAAGGCAGCAACUGUGAUUAUGAUAUAGAUGAAUGUUCUUCCGACCCUUGCAAGAACGGUGGCACCUGUGAGGAUCUUGUCAAUGGAUAUGAAUGUACAUGUGUUGCCGGAUAUGACGGAACUACAUGUGAUAAUAAUAUCGAUGAAUGUUUAAACAAUCCAUGCAAAAAUGGAGCUACAUGUACGGAUCUUGUUAAUAGAUAUGAAUGUGAAUGUGUGCCGGGUUACGACGGAAAUGAGUGUAAUAAUGAUAUCAACGAAUGCUCAACCGAUCCAUGUCAAAAUGGUGGUACCUGUAAGGAUCUAGUAAAUGCAUAUGAAUGUGAAUGUGUUGCUGGAUACGAUGGUAAAAAUUGCGAUAAUGAAAUAAACGAAUGCGCUCCUUACCCUUGCAAGAACGGUGGUACCUGUAAGGAUCUUGUAAACAAAUACGAAUGUACAUGUGCUGCUGGAUACGAUGGAACAAAUUGUGACAAUAAUAUCAAUGAAUGCUCGAGCAAUCCUUGCAAGAAUGGUGGAAUAUGUAAGGAUCUUGUAAACGAAUAUGAAUGUACAUGUGUUGCUGGAUAUGACGGAAUGAACUGUGAAAAUGAUAUAAAUGAAUGCUUGAGUAACCCGUGCAAACAUGGUAGCACAUGUAAAGAUCUUGUAAACAAAUACGAAUGUACAUGCGUUGCUGGGUAUAACGGACCUAACUGUAACAUUGAUGUAAACGAAUGCUCGAGUAACCCGUGUAAAAAUGGCGCUGCAUGUAAAGAUCUCGUAAACAAAUACGAAUGUACAUGUGUUGCUGGGUAUAACGGACCUAACUGUGACACUGAUAUCAAUGAAUGCUCGAGCAAUCCUUGCAAGAAUGGUGGAAUAUGUAAGGAUCUUGUAAACGAAUAUGAAUGUACAUGUGUUGCUGGAUAUGACGGAAUGAACUGUGAAAAUGAUAUAAAUGAAUGCUUGAGUAACCCGUGCAAACAUGGUAGUACAUGUAAAGAUCUUGUAAACAAAUACGAAUGUACAUGCGUUGCUGGGUAUAACGGACCUAACUGUAACAUUGAUAUAAACGAAUGCUCAAGUAACCCGUGCAAAAAUGGUGGUGCGUGUAAAGAUCUUGUUAACAAAUACGAAUGUACAUGCGUUGCUGGGUACAACGGCCCUAACUGUGACAUUGAUAUCAAUGAAUGCUCGAGCAAUCCUUGCAAGAAUGGUGGAAUAUGUAAGGAUCUUGUAAACGAAUAUGAAUGUACAUGUGUUGCUGGAUAUGACGGAAUGAACUGUGAAAAUGAUAUAAAUGAAUGCUUGAGUAACCCGUGCAAACAUGGAAGUACAUGUAAAGAUCUUGUAAACAAAUACGAAUGUACAUGCGUUGCUGGGUAUAACGGACCUAACUGUAACAUUGAUAUAAAUGAGUGUUCACCUGACCCAUGUAAAAAUGGUGGUACCUGUGAGGAUCUUGUUAAUGACUAUAAAUGUACAUGUGCUGAUGGAUAUAACGGAAAGAACUGUGAUAUUAAUGUAAAUGAUUGUUCACCGAACCCAUGUAAAAAUGGUGCUACGUGUAAGGAUCUUGUAAAUGACUAUAAAUGUACAUGUGUUGAUGGAUAUGACGGAACCGAUUGUGAUAAUGAAAUCAAGACAACAACCAAGUCCCCUAAUCAGAAAUUGGCACGAGCUUCUGUCACCAUGAUAUUUCCAGUCCAGUCAAGUUUCAAUGUUACAGAUCCAAAAUUAAAAGAUGAUGUAAAAAAUCAGCUGAUGACACUAUACAAAGAUUAUAUGGGAGAAACAUUGAAAGAUUUAGUAAUUAAAAGCAUAAGUAAAGGAAGUUUGGUGGUUGAUUAUGAGUUGAUAUAUGCCAACGAUACAUCAGCUGCUUCAACUAAGAUAACCGAGGUCAAUAUAGCUCUGCUAAGUGGAGGAGAAAUCAUAAAAGUAUUAAAUGAAACUGUUUCAGCAACGUCCUUGAAACUUAAUGAUGUAACAGUUACUAACACUUCAGUAUCAGAUGAUAAAUCAGUGUGUAAAAUGUACGAAACACUCAAAGGAAUGUGCCCUCCUUAUCACCAUUGCUCUGUAGUGAACAGACAGCCAUCUUGUGUGUUUAAAGAAGUAUAUGAUGAAUCUGGUUUGACGUUUGUGGUCAUUGUUGUUGUUUGUGCAAUAGUCGGGCCGAUCAUCAUUAUGCUAAUUGCCUGCUUAACGAUUCGUAAGAUACGAAUCAAGGACAAGUUGGAGUAUAACAGCAACAAUCAUCAGAUUAUAAAUGAAUUUAAGAGUUCAGGUCAUUGGUUCAUUGGUUCGUACGGAAACCAACUAAGUGGCCGAACUUUCAAACCGGACAGUUACUUCCCAGAUCAUGACGUCAACUUCAGAAGAUCAAGUGGAUAUACUUGUUGAGUACCCUGCCUGCAAGUAUGGACAUUACUAGACAUUAACAUUCACAAUGUCACAAUUACGUUUAUAUCUCGAAGGAAUUUGUAAGCUGGGAAAUCAACAACAUUAUAUGCAGUAUAAUAAUCAGUGAAGAAUACUGAAUUUAUUAUGGAUUUUCAUACAAAACGACGUGUUAACAUUUUGCUUUUGUUGUAUGUGCGCAUGUUGUAUAUUAAAAUUGAAAUUUUGAUUUGAUUGUCAGUUGUUCGUUUUAAUACUUACAAUAAAAAGCUAUGUUAUUGAAUAUUGCUUUCUAAGAAAAAUGUAUAAAGGAAAAGAUAGUUCAAAUAUAUAAUAAACAAAUUGAAAGUAAGCUAAAAAACGUUUAAGAAUAGAAUAGAAUAGAAUAGAAUUUAAAGGAAUGUUAUAUAACAUAAUGAUUUAAAUACUUAUUCAUAUCUAUUUAGCAUUUCAUGUAAAAAUAUAUCAUUAUUAUUAAUAUAAAUGAAAAAAGCUUUGAGUAAAAAUAAAAACCUGUAAGUAAUUAAAAAUAAUGUUAAUUGAUAGAAGAAUUUAAACUCGUGUACCUGUUCAAUUUUAAAUUGAGGCGUAUUAAAUUAUUAUCGUUUUUUAAAUGUUUUGUUUUGUUUUUUGCUACUACUAUUAAGUUUGAAGUUUACAUUUAAAUUAUAAUCGUUUCACACAAAUCAUAACAUUGUAUUACAAAUGUCUUUGCUAAAUAUUAUUUUCUGUCGAGCGUAAAGCAAGUUUGAUUUUACUUUACAUCAUCCAUAUAUUUUUAUUCUGUGUAUUAAACGUGUAUAUAGUGUAACGUAACUGUGUUUCACCCUGCAAUUGUACAUUAUCUGUUUUAUUUCGUUUGUUUUAACAUGUAUUUAGUUUGAUUAUUAGAAGAAUAAUGGGCUGGGCCUCGUUGUUACACUGGUUUACAGUUAUAAGCUAUUUCUUGUUUUACAUUGUAUAGAGGAUAUUUGUUUAGUUCAGUGUAAGAUCGGAACAUAUUUUACAGAGUGAGCACCACGAAUGAAAUAUGAACUUUUGGUGUUCACGAGGUGAAAUAUUUCCAUCUUACAUUAAACUAAACAAAUAAUCUUUUUAUUAUAUGCAAAGAAACGUUUAAAAAGAUUUAAACCUAGUACUAAAUGAAAAGGGCGCAAAAUAAUAAUACAAUGUGACAUCAUUUACGACGUCACGUCAUUAAGCUAGUUUCCAGUACUGUGAACGUUUGUAUUUCACUGAAACAACGUAACGGGCUCAAACAUUCAAAACAGUGAAAUUAGCAAAUUGAUAAUUUCACUGUUUAUAACAGUGAAAUUAAUAGUUUUUAUUGCACUAAUAUAUUUUUAUCAUUCACCGAAAAGCAUGUAAUAAAACUCAUCAAUCUUUGACCCAUGACUCGAUUAUGGAUUUCGAGAUAAACAUAAAGUUUUGCAUGCAAUAUCAAUCUCAAAAACAAAAAUAAGGUAUUCACUUGGAUCUUUUUUAACAUUUCUUCAUGAUCAUACUUGAAGGUGGCUGUCCAAAGUUCAUAAAUCAGGCUAUUUGUAAACUUAGAAAAUUAUUGGUUAAAGUUUUGCAUGUUCAUCAAUCUCAGAAAACGAUUUAAGAUAUCCACAUGAAUUUUAAUACAUGUCUUUGACAACAUAAUUUCUAGUCAAUAUCAGAAGUCCAUCAUUUUUACAUGGGUUUUGCCUAAAUAAUGGCCUUGUGCGUUAAAUGUCAAUUUUAAAUACAAAUUAGAUCUGCAUUUACAUAUUCCUUCGUUAUCAUAUUAGAUGACUCUGACAUGCAUUUUGACUAAAUAAUGGCCCUUUGUGAUUUAAGAGAAAUCAUGGUUAAAGUUUUGCAUUCAAUGUUAACCAUCAACUUAGAGGUAUUCGCUAGAUACUUAUUAAAUAUAUUUGAGAUCAUUAUUGGAGAUCCCUUUCCUCAAACCAAAUUCUGUUUUGGUAGUCAUCAGAUUAAGGGGUUAUGUAAACUUAAUUCUUAGUGAUGACUUUGUGCAUCCUUAAUCUUUUAAAAUAACUGAAGGUAUUCACUUGAAAUCUAAUCAAUGAUUUCGAAAUAAUAAAUUAUUUUCCAGUGUGCUAUAAUAAGAUCACUGUCCAAGACCCAUAACACAGACAAGUAUUUUGAAUGGAUUUUGUGAAGUGACCCUAUAUAAAUAUCUGAGACUAUAGUAUUUCGAAUAAAAUCUUCGUCUUUAUUAUUGAAGGCUAUCACUUGUUUUUCAAUCAAGCACUUUUAAAAUUCAAGCGCUCUGACAGCUUUUGUUUA